AUGAACGGAAGCAUCACUAUGCCCUCCCCUCAACCUCUAGCCUCUAUCAAUGAAACAAUCAGAGGCCUCUUCAUCAGGCUUCCUGUGAAGUCCUUAAUCCUUCUCAGAUCCGGGUGUAAGCCAUGGUCCAAUCUUUUGAGAAGUUCAAGUUUCGUGUUAAAUCACCUCCAUUACCAUUCAGAGAAGAACCCUCUUCUCAUUAUUCAACGCUUUCACUGGAACCAAAAAAGCAGUGGCCUGGAAUUGUUUCUGUUUGAUAUUCAAAGUAAAAAGAUACGAGAAUUUCAUGUCCCUAGAGUUACAGAUUCUGAUAUGGGUUUCAAGAUAGUGGGCUCUUGCAAUGGUCUGAUGUGUGUUUGUCAUUAUUCACAUGAUCCAUCUUCUUGCCUUUUUCUUUGGAAUCCAGCAACGAGGCAAAUCAGGCGAAUUCCUGAAUAUUCCAAUGCUCUGCUACCUCAUAAGGCCUCACCAUAUUGCCUCCUGGGUUUUGGUUAUAAUACUUGCGAUGAGGACUAUGAGGUUAUAAGAGUUUACUCUUGUGUGGGAACUCAUGCCAUAAGAAUUGAAAGAUACUCACUGAAUUCUGGGUUUUGGGAGGAAGUUGAGUAUUCCAAUCAUCAUGGUGCUACCGUGAAUGGACAUUUUCUGUGGAUUGAGAAUUCAGUGACAGUGAAAAGAAAAAUGUUUUGGGUGGCCAUGACAGCAUACCAAAGAUUCAGGAAUGAAUUCAUUGUUUCUUAUGAUGCAGAAAACAAAGUGCUCAGAAAGAUGAGCGUGCCAGAUUCUGAUAACCUUGAAGUUUCCAAGAAGCUCACAGAAUAUAAAGAAUCUCUUGGCGUGCUAGUUUUCUCAGAAUCCGCAACUAUGGAUCGUUGUUUAGAUUUCUGGGUUUAUGAUGACAAAAACAAUGAUUUUGACUUGUGGAUUAAAGUAAAAACUGUUAGACUGUCUUCAACCAUGGAUCGUCCCAUGGGUGUGUGGAAAGAUGAGAUUUUUAUUGCAUCUGGUAAUGUGAUUCAUGCGGUAAGAAGUGGCUUGGGAGCUCUUCUUCCUUCAGCUCAAGUUGCUGAUGAUUAUUGCUAUGUUUUAUUAAAUUAUGCAGAGAGCUUGGUUUCUGUUAAUAAUGGAGGAAAUAGGAAUGGGAUUGAUCUGGAAGAUGAAUAA